AUGGUCGGGCUUGAGGCAGAGCCUGGGGACAUGCUGGAGUUUUCGAUUCAGGACAUCGCCGAUUGCUUUUACCAGUUCAAGGUCCCGGACUACAUGGUGCCGCGGUUCGGGGCGAGGCCCGCCAGGGCCGGCGAGGUGGGGGCCAAGACCGUGCAGGGCGAGCCGGUGCUCGCAGGCGCCUGGGUCUACCCAUGUCUGCGGGUGCUGCCCAUGGGUUUCUCGUGGGCCAUGAGAUGGACGCAGCAGGCGCAUCGAGAGCUGCUGCGGCGGGCAGGGCUUGGAGGCAUCGAGAGCGAGCUGGUGGGCCGCCAGGUGCCCCCGACGACCUCGGCUACGCCUGUUUCCCGCAUCGUGUACGUGGGCAAUGAGGUUUUCGUCUCGUCUCGACCAGGUGCCUCUGCCGACGCCAGGCAGCAGGCGGCCAAGAAGAUGUCCAGCGUCGGGCUGCCGCUGCACGAGGUGGAGGAGGGCGAGCAUGUCGUCGAAGCGCUGGGCCUGGAGCUGGACGGCAUCAAGCUCCGGCAGGAGCUGCAGAAUGCCAUGCGCAUCAUGCCGCUGCUCGCGGUGCAAUUCGAUAUGCCGCGGUCUGGGUUGGUCACCUGCUCCGACGCUACGCUGAGGGGCUACGCCGUGCAGGAGGCGGACUUCCCGGUGUCUGAGGUAAAGCAAGUGGGGCGCUG